UAAUAAAGAAUUGAGAUUUGCGCGUAUAAAAUAAUUCGGAGCACGUCGAGUUUGCAUCUGAUGUCAAGAACAGAAGAACUUGCGCAUGGAUUAAAUCCAUCCCGAAAUCCCGUCCAAUAUUCACACUGGUCGAGCACUUGGGCGCUGUAGGAGAAGCGGUGAAGGCGCAUCGCAGCCCCGUACACGGGGAUAUGUCACGGUGAGCUUAAAGAAGCUGAAACUCGUGAAACAGAAAUGCGGUGGUGAGUGUCGACAGAACUCUUCGAAAACUGAUCGGGUGGCCCAAUCACGGGUGAGGGUUGAGCGAGGGCACGCUCACAGGUCAGGAAGUACCAGGUUUAUGCAACCUGGUGGCAGAGGCAGUUAUGACGAGGGAAGAAGAGGGCGUGGCGCAAGAAGGGAGGCAUGAAUGAUGAGAAACUGAGAUGGAUGAUGAAAUACAAUGCUCGGAUGACCGUCACUACUGCGUUACAUCCGAUUGACCGAUUGUGUCCAUGGCCGAUACAUCCUAAGAAGAAUUAUCUCCUGCGCAGCUCUGUACCCCAUGGCCAGUGGGUCUCCGAUCUCGACUUCUCAACUCCUCCUCCAUCACCAGCCUGGCCUAUCAACUUCCUCGUCUGCCGCUGGGGCGACAGCUUCUCCAUCACCUGCAUCUCCCACAGUUUCUUCGAAACGAAAGCGACGCCUCACCGAUCUCACCACCGAUGAGAUCAAUGAAAUCGUCGCUUUGAGAGGUAAACUACCUCAAGCAGUUGUUGGAAAAAAAUUCGGAAUUGAGCAAACUGAGGUGAGCGCAAUACAACGAAUGCAGCGCGCCAAAACAGCUCGUCUUCUUGACGACAAUGAAAAGAAGAAUCCUGUUCGAAGGGUGAAAGAUGUGGAGAUGACAGUUCCAAUUGCUUAUGGGACAGUUUCUUUCUGGCUUGGAAAGAAGGCUGAUGAAUAUCACUCACAUAGAUGGACAGUUUACGUACGCAGUGCGCUUGGUGAGGACCUCGGUCCAGUGAUAAAGAAAGUUGUGUUCCAGUUACAUCCCAGUUUCAACAAUCCAACAAGAUCCGUAGAGGCCGCUCCCUUUGAGCUCACAGAGACUGGAUGGGGAGAAUUCGAAAUUGGCAUAACUGUUUAUUUUCAUCCGGAUGCAUCAGAAAAGCCGUUGGAGAUAUUUCAUCAUUUGAAGCUGUAUCCAGAGGAUGACUCAGGGCCACAAAAUACGAAGAAGCCGGUGGUUGUAGAGUCCUAUGAUGAGAUUGUCUUCACAGAACCGUCGGAGGCAUUUUUUUCCCGCAUUCAGAAACAUCCUUCUCUUUUUUUGAAUGGAAAGCAGAAUCCUCCUUCAGCUGGUACAGAGAAUGAGAAAAAGAGAGGUGAAACGAAGGAGCAGAAUAUCACGCAAUGGUUUCUCAAGCAUUCUGAUUCUGAAGAAUUAGAAGCAAUCAUAUCGGCUCGGGAUAAUGUGAUGACUCGAGUGAACAAGUUGAAAGCAGACCUACUUCAGCUUGAAAAUGAGGCGGCAAGAUUGAAAGCAAAUGCAGCACACUGAAUUGUCUCGUGCACGGUUUACCAGUCCAUUUUCAGUUAUCCUGGUGUGACGUUGCCUUAACGGAUCUUUACCGGCUUGAAGCCUAUUGUUCAAACACCUCGAGCCACACUACAGAUAGGAAUUGCUCAAACUUCUCAGCAUCUAUUAGGUGCGAUGGUCGUUCUCCGGGCAUUCACAGAUGUCGGCGAUAAUGGGUUCUGUAUGAUGACCAUCAGACAAUUAGCUAUUUGGAAACACUGGUGAUGUGAGGUUGGUAGCUGCUUGAGUUCUCAAGGCUCGGUUGAAUGAGGCUGGAUGGCAUAGGCUCCCGGUUACAGUUGUAAAGUGUAUAUUAUACUCAAAGAAAUCGAUGAAAUUUU